UCCGGCUAGCCCCGCCCAGGCCCCGCCAGGCCCCGCCCCCCGGCGCGGGAGCGCGCGCGCGCGUGCGGGAGGGGGCGGGUGGGGAAAGCCGCGGCUCCAAGCUCCCGGAGGCGAGGCUCGCGCGCCCGCCCCCGCCCUGGCCCCAGCGCCCACCCGGUCGGCCCGGCCCAGCCAUGAUCAAGGCCAUCCUCAUCUUCAACAACCACGGGAAGCCGCGGCUCUCCAAGUUCUACCAGCCCUAUAGUGAAGAUACGCAACAGCAGAUCAUCAGGGAGACUUUCCACUUGGUGUCCAAGCGAGAUGAGAAUGUUUGUAAUUUCCUAGAAGGAGGAUUAUUAAUUGGAGGAUCUGACAACAAACUCAUUUACAGACAUUAUGCAACACUGUAUUUUGUCUUCUGUGUGGAUUCCUCAGAAAGUGAACUUGGCAUUUUAGAUCUAAUUCAAGUAUUUGUGGAAACAUUAGACAAAUGUUUUGAAAAUGUUUGUGAACUGGAUUUAAUAUUCCAUGUAGACAAGGUUCAUAAUAUUCUUGCAGAAAUGGUGAUGGGGGGAAUGGUAUUGGAGACCAACAUGAAUGAGAUCGUCACACAAAUUGAUGCACAAAAUAAACUGGAGAAAUCUGAGACCUUUAUCUUUCAGUCUCCCAGACAGGACAGGUAGACAAGGCUGGCUUAGCGGGAGCUCCAGCCCGUGCUGUAUCAGCUGUAAAGAAUAUGAAUCUUCCUGAGAUCCCAAGAAAUAUUAACAUUGGUGACAUCAGUAUAAAAGUGCCAAACCUGCCCUCUUUUAAAUAAAUAUUAAAAAGGCCACUCCCAGGUAAAGUCCAGGGGGAAAGUCAUCUAGGUUUACCAUGCAAUUGUUUACCAAAAACAGAGGAGGAGAGGCUUAACUUUGCUCUUGGACUUAAGUCAAGGUACUGUAUAGAAGCUGCAUAAAGUCAGUAUGGAAGUUCAAUGUUGCUUUUCUUGCUCAGUGAUUUUGAAGAAAUUGACUAGUUCCCGUGUGGUUUUUUGUUUUUUGGUUUGUUUUUUUUUCUUUUCUAAAUUGCAUUUCUAUGCCCACAUAAAGGCAUGUCUCUAUAUAUUGGCUAUUACAGUAUUUCGAAAAGUGAGAUGUUUCUUUAAUUAUGUACAACCCAAGAUGUUGAUGUUUUGUAUGGAUCACAAGUGCAGCAUUCUCUAAUUCUUUCUGCUGUUUGUCACAAUUGUUAUUUAAAGAACCUAGUAUGUAUUGCAUGAAAACAUGACCUUUUCUUUAGUUUAAAUAAACUCCAAGGUAACUGGACUUGUAAAGUACCUUUCUGUUUGCUUGGUAUCUACUUUAGCAAUAAUUUUUUUUACAAUCUUCUGACUCAACAAAGUAAAUAAAAGUAUAUUUUACCACUGUUAAGCAGCUGUCAGUGUUGACUUUUUCAAUUCAUACUCAUGUUUUUACUCCUCAGAGGCUGACUGAAUCAUUCAGAAACUACUAUGGACAAGAUUGAGUGGUUUAUCUCGGGGUGUUUAUUUUGUAUAAUGAGACUUAUAGUGGGAGAUGGUGUGUCUUUUUAAAAGUGUUAAAGAAAAGCUUUGUUUUUCUGUAAAUAUCCUUGCCUUAAACUCUCUGCCUCCCAUUCUUGCCCAGAUGUUUGUGAAAAUUCCACGUAGUAUUAAAAAGUCAUAGCUAAA